AUGAAACGACACUGAACUUAUGACUCGGGGAGACUAUCUAUAUACAAACACACACUGAAAUAUUGUUGUGAAACCCACAUGAUUUCACUACAUACAGAUGACUGUGGUGCCUUUUGCUUCAUGUGACUGCCUCAGGCGUUGUCCCGUGCUAAUGUAACGGAGUGAGAUCAUACUUUAUAUAGAAUGAUGAGUAGCCUUAGGCAGUACCUCACCAAUGCGGGUGAGAAAAAUAGAUUUUAUGUGUUUGUAUUGGGUUGUGGCUUGGAGCACUAACAGGCUAUAGCAUAAUGCUUAAUUGUUGUGUCGUUUGGUGUUAUGCUUACCCUAACCCUUGAACUGCGUCAACCCUGGCUGAUACUGCGUAGUGUGGGUGUGUCUGUUUCUUUGUCUCUCUGUCUGUGUCUCUCUGUCUGUGUGGAUUUUGUUUGACCGCUCGGCACAAUAACCAUAAUGAACUACAUAGCUUACAUGAUUCUUCUGGGCUCAAACUCAAAACUAUUACUCGCUUACUUGCCCUGUAUUCUGAAAAUACUUGAUUUGAGUUAUUAUUAAACAAUAUAUAGUAUCUUUUUGCCCUUCGUAGAGUGGUGGGCCAAGAAAUGCUUUCGGGCUGUUAACCUGCAUUAAUACAGUGUGCAUUUUUCCUUUCAGCAAACUUGCGGUGCAAUGGGAGGGGAUGGUUCAUCCAUAUGGUGCUGGGUUAUAUCUCUGCAGGUUUAUUUGCUCACACCUGUAUCUUUCUUCUUCCUGUGUUUGCAAUCAAAGACGUCAUCCCUCUGGGGUUGCCUAGUCCCAAACCCUCCCCGGCCGCCGCCUCCCUUCAGGUGACCCCCAUGAAACCCUCUCAGCCCCCCGGAUGCCUGUCCAACCCCAACACACACCCCCUGCCAAAGUGGGUGCUACCCUUGACCAGCCCCAAACUGGACCCAAUGAGGGCCAAGCCCUCUCCUAGACCCCAUCCUCACCCUCCCCAACUGCCAGGGGUGCACCACCGAGCCUCUGGGGGUGGGGGUGAAGCCAAGGAUGGCCAGGCCAACUUAACAAACCCCCUCACCAGGAAGAUACAGCCUUCCCACAGCCCUGUAACCCCUAACCCCUCUAGGAGUAUGACCUUUGACCCACGGGGUGGUACGGGAACGGGCAACAGUGAUGUUGGAAGCUCUAGACCUCUGUUUGCUGCCCAGCCCCUCCAAUCUAACCCCCAGUACACAGCAGGAGACGACAGGAAGGACACAAUGAGGAAUGGUGGUCCACUGUCAUACACCAUGCACAGCCCUGUCACUCCACAGCAGAGUGGUGGUUCCCUGGACCACAGAGGAACCACUCCCACUAGCAAACCGUUCACUUCAGGAGGCACCACAUCCCUGUCUCUGAAGAGACGCAGACAACCAGACUCGGAGGAGAGAAACGGUGGUGGAAGAGGAGAGGAAAUGGCUAAUAAGAGACUGCGUCCAGAGGAUAAUAGCCCAGGCACAGGCCCAGCCCCUAUCUGUACCAGUCACCAACCCUAUGGAACAGCCAGCCCAUCCUACCUGAAGAAAGUCUUCAUGAAAAACAGUCUGAACUCAGGUCCUAUUCUGAGUUUGAAGGAGCGCCUCACCCCUAAGAAGACGGGAGGGAUGGAGACUGUCCCUACCUCUCCACUCCCAACACCCAAGCCUGCGAGGCAGCUCUUUAACAACCAAGGACAAACGCCAUGCAGGAACAGUGUGAGGGAGAAUAGCAACCCUCAGUGUAGAUACAGUGGAAUGAAUCACCAAUCUGUUUAUAGUGGUAGUAAUCUCCAAUCCGGCCACCCAGCGAACCUGCAUGUCAAAAGUGCUAGUAGAGCAGAAUGCAGCAGAGAGAAAGAGGGCAGAGCAAGAGCGCGAGAGAGUAGAGGAGAAGAACCGACAGGUCGCACCGACCGAAGAACCCCCAAACCCGUCUCGAGGUCUCAAAGCUCAUACUCGAGCUGCUCUAGUUCUCUGCGCCGUCUCAGAUUGGCACAGAACCGAAAAGUCACUCGCCCCCGGGGAACGUCGGCCUUGUUGGAUGACCUGAAUGACCUUUUCACCCCUGACCCCAUAACCUCUAGCCUGUCUAGAGCAGUGAUGACCUUUUCCCCCAGUCCCCAGAGAGGAGACGGGUCGCCCUCUGUACACAACAAGGUUCCUGUGUCUGGUGUGUCGGCUACAGUCUGUGGUGCUAGUAAAAGACUGUGGCCCACCUCUGUAACAAGUCCUAGAGAAAUCCCCCAAAUCUCCCCCUCGGAGGGAAUCUCUGGCCCCAAUAUCUUUCCCUGUAAGGUAGCUGCAAUGGACCCCUGUAAACUAGUCCUGGGCCCUAACAUCUACUCUCCCUCUUUUUUAAGGCUGGAGUCGUGCGGGACUGACUUGACUAAAUUAGAGACUGGCUCGUACAAGACCAGCAUUUCCUCAGGGAAGCCCUCAUCCCCUAAGGAGGAGUCUGUUACGAUGGAGGAUGUGGCGUCAGAACUGAAAACGAGUCCUGCUUUUCCCGCUGUUAGACUGUUUGCGGAUGAGUCCGUUAAGACAGAGGCAGGACCCAGAUCUCCUGGUAUUCCUUUAGCAGGGUUGGAGUCACCUAUGGAUGAGCAUGCCAACCUCAAGAAUGAGUCCUCUGGCCUGAAAGCUAUCCCCCUCUCAGCCUCUGCAAAGUCCUCAUCCUUGUGUAAGGACGAGUUGUUUAACACAGAGACUACAGACUUCAAAGCCAGACUCAGCUCUCCCCUCCUCCCUUCUCCCACCUCACCCCUGGACCGAAAAGGAAAGGAGGGUGAAAAGAGGAAGGAAGGAGACCAGAAGAGUUUACCGUUACUUGCGGCAGGAGAAAAAAGAAGCAAGAUAGACAAUUCCCAGAAGAGUCUGACAUUUCUGGAGGAGGACCCUCUGGAUGUGGAGCUGGGCCUCGACCUGGGCCUAGAGUUGGAGCCAUCCCAGGCCAGCAGCAGCAGCAGCAGUGAGGACGAGCUGCCAUCCCUGCAGCAGAUCCUGGACCGUACCACCCGGCCCCCAGACACCCCAGAGAAAGGAACCUUCACUGCACCCAGCACCCCCGUGGUGCCCCAACACCACAGCCAGCUGCCUGUGUCGUCUAAAACAAAACCCACGAGUUACAGGAACAACCUGGAUGAGAUGCUGAAGGAAAAGGAGAGCAUUCAAAGGUCUAAGGAGCUGGAGACCAAGCUGCGUCUGUCCUGUGAGGAGAACCUGCUGAGACUGGCGGAGGAGGAGGAGGAGGAUGAGAGCACAGAGAACAUGGAGGCGGCCAUCUCCCAUCAGCAGAGGGAGUUCCUGCAGCGUUUCUCUGUGGUGUCCAGCGCCAUCCGGGACCUGCACCCCGGCGAAGCGAUGUUCAGCCUGGACAACUUUGGCCGUCUCUUCAGCCAACACACACUGCAGUUGAGACACUGUAACGUCACCCCUCGGGACACCGCACAGAAAACACUACUCUGGUCCACUCCAGACCAGUUCAGGUCCCAUGUCAGUUCCGAGCUGAUCCAGAGAGCCUACCGCUCCUCCCCCUGCCCUCCCCAGGUGGCCCGUUGGCUCUUCCAGAUGGUGUCAGUCCACUCAGACAAGCUGAUCUGUCAUCAGGUACUAAAGGCCCUCAAAGAUAUUGCCUGCUCCGCUGCUGAACACAUAGUGCUGAAUAAGAGUGAGCGCUUCGAGGUGUGGGUGCCCAGUGUUGGAGACGUGACCCUGGUCUUCAUGAACAUGGGUGUUCCCUUCGUCACCCUGUUCCCCCUGGAGACCCUACAACCCUCCUUCACAGAGGGAGACCUGCUAGAGGGCAUCCAGAUCCGCACAGAGAGCCUGCCCAGUAAGAAGGAGCUCAGCACUUUCCCUGAACACAACUUUGAUAGCGUCAUCAAGUACCUGUCUCAGUGUACAUCGUUGUGCCCGCGGGCCUACAGUGACAGAGACCUGUUGUUACUCCUGUCGGUGGUGAGCAGAGUGGGCCUGGACACGCAGCUCGCCCUCCAGCCCACUGAGCACCUCCGCUCCCUACUGCGCAACCUGAUCAACAGCAUCAGGGACUGGGACAUCAUGCUGCCCAGGAUCUGCAUGUCGCUGAUUAACCUGAGUGAUGACCACCACAACCUGCGGUGGCUGGUCCAGCUACUGCCAGACAACAUGCGCGGCAAGCAACUCAGGAGACACCUCAGUGUGUCGGCCAUCUCCAAGCUGUUGAACAACCGAUGCACUUACAGGCCCUCCAACACAGAGUUCCAGCUGUCAGACCUGCGUCAGUACCUCCCCCGCAUGCGCCCCUCCUCACUCCUCCGGGGCCUGGCCACCUCCUUCAGGAGGAGUCACAACCCACACAGAGAGGGGGAAGAGGAGGAGGAAGAAGAGGACUGUGCCUCCCUGGACCAGCAGGCUUACUACCUCUGCUACAGCCUCCUGGCCCUGGCUAACGAAGCCACCAACUUUGAGUUCUUCCCUCCGGACCAGAAGAACCAGUUGUUGUUGCUGUGUGCUGAGCUGGAGAAACACAUCAAGUGUGACAUCAGGGAGAGUGAGAAGAUGCUGUACAGGAGCAAGGUGAAGGACUUUGUAGCCAGGAUCUACACCAAGUGGCAGGUGCUGGUCCAGAGAACCAGGCCUCUCCAGGGUAAACUGUAUGACUACUGGCAGCCUCUGCCUGAGGACGCAGUGAGCAGCAGCCAGGAGAGCAAACACUCCCACAGGGAGAGAGAAGAUGAGGAGACGGUCAUGGAGUUGGAGGAAGAAGAGGGGAAAGUGGUGGAAGGAGAGGAGGAGAGGAUUGCAGAAAAGGCUUUGGCCAUGGAGGAAGACGAAGAGAAUGAGGAGAGGACACCAGAAAAAUACUUUGCCAAGGAGAUUCCAGAAGAGGAGGAGAAAUUCCUAAAGAUGGAGGAGGAGAGGAUGGAACUAACGUUAGAGGAACCAAAGAUGGAGGACAUGGAGGAAGAACGGAGAGAAGUAAAAGCGGAGGAGAGAGUCACAGAAAAGAGGGAAGCAGCGGUGGAGGAGGGAAGGAAAGGACAGACUGAAGGAAAGACUGGGGAGAGAGGCAAUUUAGAGGAUUCAGAGAUGAAGGAGAAACGUGUAGAACGAAGGGAGACUGAGAGAAGCCGAGAGAAGAAGACUGCAAUGGAAGACAACCCGGCUGCAUCCAUAUAGAAUUAUACCUGUCUAGACCAACUGUCAUCUAGACUGUAGACUGACUGAAUCCAAAAUGGCAACCUACACUCGUGGUCAGAAGUUUUGAGAAUGACACAAGUAUUGGUCUUCACAAAGUUUGCUGCUUCAGUGUUUUUAGAUAUUUUUGUCAGA